UCUUUUAAAUAAUAAAACCCCAGUGCAUAAAAAAGAAAAAAAUUUAUUUCAUAGACAUUAAUAAUAUUUAUAAUAAUACAUUUUAAUUUACAAAUAGUUAUGAAUUCAAUAUCUAUAUCAUGAGUUCUAAAUUAUUAUUUAAUAUUAGAUGGAAAAUUAAUUGUAAAAAAUACUGAUUUAAAAGCAGAUAUGGAAGACCAAUCAAUUUUGGAAAAUACAAGUUCUGAGUUUAUGACAUUAUAUGCUGAUCAAGCAUUGGCUUCUCAUCCUGAACAAAUACCAAAUGAGUGUACUAAUAUGAUUUUAGACCCAGAUAAUUGUCAAAAUAUCAAUACUAUGGUUCCAUUAAAUGAUUUAUUGGGACAAACAUUCAUUAUAGAAAAUAAUGAACAACCUUUUUUUGUCAAUGGUACUCAGUUAAUAACAUUUCAACAUAUUGAUGCAAAUGAACAAAUAGAUGACAUUCGGGCAAUUUCAACGAUUGAUCCUGAAAAAUCAAUGAUUCAAAAUAUUAAUUUUUCCAUGGAUUCUAAUAAUCAGUUUCAAGAUAUAUAUACAAACUUUAAUAAAACAAAUAAUGUCAGUGAUAAUUUAAAAGAACAUCUAGAAAUUAUAAACAAUACUGAUAUUGACCCAACCAUAGAAAACUACAGUAAUUCAACUGCUAUUCAAAUUUUUGAUGAUAUUGCUCUAAGUCCUACCGAUACAAAUGGUCACUUUGUUUGUGAUUUAUGUUUAUGUGAAUUUUAUAAGUGGCAAAACUAUAAGAAACAUAAACUAGAACAUUUAAAUGAUAAACCAUUCAAAUGUUUAAAAUGUUUAAAAUCUUUUAAUUAUAAUAAUAAUUAUAUACUUCACAUUGCUUCACAUUUAACAAACAAUUUAAAGUGUCCUGAAUGUAAAAAGGAAUUUAAACGCAUCGCUAGCUUUAAGUCUCACUUAAAAAUUCAUUUAACUGAAGAAUCAAUUACUUGUAAUAUAUGUUAUAAAAUAUUUGAUAAUCAGAAUCGACUGGACAUUCAUAAGGAGAAUUGUAUGCAAGAAAAUGUACUGAAUUCUGAUAAUUUAACAGAAGUAAAAUCAGUUAAUAAUUUUAAGAACUGUAAAAUUUGUAAAAUGUCAAUAUCAACUAUAACAGAAUACAAAAUGCAUAUCAAGGAACAUAGAAGAUUUGAUUCAGUACUAAAAAAACAAUAUAAAUUUACAAUAAAACUUAAAAAAAUGCACAAAACAAGCAAUUUAGUGAAAAAGUUUAAAUGUGAUCACUGUGAAUGGUCAUUUAAUAAAUCAAAUCUUUUAAAUCGUCAUAUGAGGACACACACAGGAGAAAAACCAUUUAAAUGCUCAUAUUGCUCAACAUAUUUUACGCAACAAAAUUCAUUAAAUAGACAUAUGUUGAAACACAAAGGAUUACGGCCAUUCAAAUGUGAAUUUUGUGAAAUGAAUUUUUCUCAAAAAGGUCAUCUAAUUAAUCAUAUGAAAAGAUGUCAUGCAGUCGCUAAAGAAUCAACAAGAAUUCAUGAGUGUUCCAUGUGUUCUUGUGUUUAUAACAGUCUCAAUGCUCUUAACAAACAUUUGAACACAUAUCAUGGAUUGAAAACUAUGAAAUUAAAUAAAAAUACUCAAAAGCAUUUACCAAAAACUAUUGAAACAGAACAAAUCAAUGAAUCCAUUGAUUUAAUUAAAGAUUCUUCAAAACUUGAAAAAUGGCUUGAAGAAGUGGCUUAUGAAUUACAAAAUAGUAAUAAUAAUGACCAAUCUAAGCAUUGCAAUGAUCCAAUUUCUUCUCAAUAUGAAUUUGGGUUAAAUUUGAUUGAAAAUGAACAAUAUAAUCACAUUGAAAAAGACUUUAGUCAAAUGGCUAAUGUAAAAACUAGUAAUCAUACAGAGAUUGAAAGUAUAGCAUGUUCUCCUCAAAAUGAUGAAAAUCAUACAGUUUCGAAGACUAAAGAACAAUCAUCAACCAAUUAUGAUAAUGUUAUCAAAAUCAAAGAAAAAGAACUUACUACCAAUAUGAAUGAAACAAUAUCAUUAGAUAUAAACCAAAUCACUAAGUGUUCUUCAAGAAAAAAAAAAUCUGGUGAUAAAAAUUCACGUUCAUUAAAUUUAAAAAACAGUAAUGAUAAUCAACAAUCUAUAAAAAAUAAAAAUAAAAUAAGUAAUAAAGACGAACCCAAAGUGGUAUAUGUACCAAAUAUUACUACUAAUUUGGAUAAUAUAAACAUUAAUAUUAUUCAAAAGCCUCAACCAAAAGUAUGUCAGUUCUGUGGGAAAAUAUUUAAAAAAAAUGCAGAUCUUGAAAGACACGAAAGAACACACACAGGUGAUAAACCCUAUAAAUGUGACAAGCCGGAUUGUAACAAAGCAUUUGCCACAAAGUGUUCACUUGAAUAUCAUACAGUCACUCAUUUAGGUAAAAUGAAACGAGCUGUAUGUCCCCAAUGUAGUGGAUUAUUUGCUACAACAUCGUCAAUGAAAGUUCAUAUGCGACAACAUACAGGUGAAAAACCGUUUAAAUGUCCUAUAUGUGGUGACGCAUUUCGAACGUCUGGUCAUUUACAUACCCAUAUAAUAAUUCAUGAACGAAAAAAGAAAAGAAAAUAAGUUUUUUUAUUUUAAAAUAUUUGUAACCGAGCCAUCAAUAAUUGUUUUGGAUCACAAAUCACAACCUAAUCAGGCAAGUAGCAAGUUAUUUUUUUCGAGAAGAUCAUCUCUUCCGAAAAUCAAAACCUUUACAGUCUCUUUAUCCCACUCAAUGACGACUCUCCCGUGAAAAUAAAUUAAACAUAGUUUUUGUCCAAAUAAAGUUGUGUUAACUUUUUUAAAACAAUUAUAUUCAUAAUUAAAUAUAUAUAUAU